GAGGUACAUUCGAAUGAAUUACAGGAAAGUUUACAAUGGAGAAAGAUGUUGAUGUCCUUGGGAAAUACAGAGCAGUCACAAAUAAACUGAAAAAACGCUUUUUGAAAAGACCUAAUGUAGCUGAGGGUAUAGAGCAAUAUUCUGCCCUUGCCAAGGGUUUAAAGCAACAAGAUUGUCCACAGUAUGCAGGGUUUUGUUGCUUAGCACAAGCAAGAUGUGAGCAUACCUUGGUGAACGCAGCUGGUGAGGCACAGGCCUUAACGUCAGCUGCACGGUCAUUUUUGGAUGCAGAACUGGCCAACCGGGAGAUGAAGUGUCCUAGCUUUGAGGAGCACCUCACUGCAGCCAUAAACUGCUUCAGUCAUGCUAUAAGGGUUUAUAUAGAAAACAAUCAUAUCUCUCUGGCCGCAGCUCUCUCUAUAGAACUGGGAGAGGCAUUGAAGAAUCUAAACAAACCUGGUGAAGCAAUGUCCCACUUUCAGCGAGCAGCAGAGCUUCAGUCUCAGAGUCCGUUAGAAUGCCUACACUCCCUAGGAUCUGUAGCAUCAUGUAAAGUGGCAACGAAAGAUUAUGAUGGUGCUCUGGCAGUUUUAACAGAAAUGGCCUAUCUGGCGCAGGAAAGGGGUGGGUCCUCUACCACUGGGAAGCCUAUAGGAGCCUACUGUGACAUCCUGGCACGUUGUGAGGUCACAAGAGUCCUUCUGCUGAUGUUGUUACAGCCUACUCCACAAAGGAUCAGACCAGAGCAUGCCCAGACUCUGGAGAAGUAUGCCUGGGAAUCCACGGACGACCAUGCCACUGCCCAGUUUUUGUCAGAAGAUCUAUUUCUUAUGAUGCAGUCAGUUGUGAUGGCUUGUCAGUCACAAGACUUUAUUUCUCUACGUGCUCUACAAACAGAGUUAUGGCCCCUUCUGAUGGGAGAACAAAAUGAACUGUUAUUUCAGAUCAUCAAAGAGCUAACACAUCCAUCUGGGGAAGGAGUGUGAUCAUUGUGAGCUUGUGAUUGGUGCCAUAGCACUGAUAUAUCGAUUCAUAAUAGUAGUAAAAUAUUUCUUUUUCAAACGCUUUACAUGUACAGCAUUGAAUCACUGAAAUUGAGCAUGUCAAGUGGGAUCCAGGUGGUUAAAGGGAACACCUUUUAUCCCCC